GUGGCCAUGGAGGCGGGCGCCGGGGCCGGCGCGGGCGCCGCGGGCUGGAGCUGCCCGGGUCCAGGACCCACAGUGACCACUUUAGGCUCCUACGAGGUGUCUGACGGUUGUGAGAGGAAGAAAGGCCAACGCUGGGGGUCCCUGGAACGGCGUGGAAUGCAAGCCAUGGAGGGGGAAGUGUUACUCCCAGCCCUCUACGAGGAGGAAGAGGAGGAGGAAGAGGAAGAAGAGGGGGAAGAGGAGGACGAUCAGGUGCAAAAGGGAGGAAGCGGGGGCUCCCUGUCCCUCAGUAAGCACCGGGGCCUGAGCCUCACGGAGACCGAACUGGAGGAGCUGAGGGCUCAGGUGCUGCAGCUGGUGGCAGAGCUGGAGGAGACCCGGGAGCUGGCAGGGCAGCAUGAGGACGACUCGCUGGAGUUGCAGGGGCUCCUGGAGGAUGAGCGGCUGGCCAGCGCCCAGCAGGCAGAGGUGUUCACCAAGCAGAUCCAGCAGCUCCAAGGCGAGCUGCGCUCUCUGCGGGAGGAGAUUUCCCUUUUGGAGCGUGACAAAGAAUAUGAACUUAAGGAGAUAGAACAGGAGCUGCACUUGGCCCGGGCUGAGAUCCAGAAUCUGCGGCAAGCAGCGGAAGAUUCUGCGACCGAUCACGAGAGUGACAUCGCCUCCCUGCAGGAGGAUAUCUGCCGGAUGCGGAAUGAACUCGAGGACAUGGAGCGCAUCCGGGGAGAGUAUGAGAUGGAGAUCACCACGCUCCGCGCAGAAAUGGAAAUGAAGACCUCUGACCCUUCCAACAGCUUAAGUCUCUCCGACUUCUCUGAGAUGCAAGAAGAGUUGCAGCAGCUGCGGGACCGCUACCGCUUCCUGAAUGAGGAGUACCAGGCCCUGCAGGAGAGCAACAGCAGCCUCACAGGGCAGCUUGCAGAGCUGGAGAGUGAGAGGACACGAAGAGCAACAGAAAGGUGGCUGGAGUCCCAAACACUGCGGAGUAUGAUGUCAGCAGAGUCUCAGACUUCAGAAGCCGACUUCCUGGAGCCUGAUCCUGAAAUGCAUUUGUUGCGACAGCAGCUGCUGGGAGCUGAGGAGCAGAUGCAUGACAUGCAGAGCAAGUGUAAGAAAUUGUGCUGUGAGUUGCAAGAGCUGCAGCAUCAUCACCGGACCAGCGAGGAGGAGCAGAGGCGGCUGCAGAGGGAGCUCAAGUGCGCACAGAACGAGGUGCUUCGGUUUCAGACUUCCCAUGACGUCACCCAGAACGAGGAGCUGCGGACCAGACUCUGUGCCCUACAGCAAAAGUAUGAUGCUAGCCAGGAUGAGCAGAAUGAGCUCUUGAAGGUGCAGCUACAACUUCAGGCUGAGCUCCGGCAGCUCAAAAUCACGAAAUCCCAAGUCGUAGAAAGCCAAAGUGAGAAGGAGUUACUGUGCCGGCUCCAGAAGCUGCAGCUGCAGUACCAGAACAUCACGUGUGAGAAGGACAAGCUGCUGGACGUGCAGCAGCAGCUGCGGGACAACCUGCAGUGCCACGAGGCGGAGGUGCAGCACCUCAAGGGCGUCGUGGCCUCCUUCCAAGACAGCAGAGAGAAGUACGCGGAGAUGCGCGCCCAGCUGCAGGAGGUGAAGCGGCUCCACCAGACCAGCCGGGAUGCGCUGGAGCAGCAGAAGCACAUGUACGAUCAGCUCGAGCAGGACUUCCUGCUCUGCCAGGAGGAGCUGCAACAGCUCAAGACCACCCAGGCCAUCCAAGAGGACAAGGGGCAAUGUGCGAAUAAGUGUGACACCCUGCUCUUCAGACUGACAGAAUUGCAGGAGAGGUACAAGGCCAGCCAGAAGGAGAUGGGCCAGCUGCAGAUGCAGCAGUGCGAGCUCCUGGAGGAGCAGAGGAGGAUGCAGGAGGAGCAGGGCCAGCUGCAAGAAGAGCUGCACAGGCUCACGUUCCCGCUGCCCAAAUCUGGUCUCUUCCACAAGAGUCAGGAGCUACUUACAAAGUUACAAAACCUGUGUGAACUCCAGUUGCUCUACCAAGGCACGCAGGAGGAGCAGAAAAAACUGAUACAGAAUCAAGAAUGUGUAAUAAAGGAGCAGUUAGAACUGCACAGCGCACUGCAGCAUUUCAAGGAGUCUGGUUUGCGGGAAGUGUUGGAGGGUCCUGAGAAUUCCAGAUCACCCAAGUCCUCAAAAUGUGGUAACAGUAACAAGUCCAAGGUGAUCAUCGCCCAGAUAGAGGUUCUGCAGGAGCUGUACGAGGCCAGUCAGACCGAGCAGGAGCUGCUGCACAAGGAGCAGGAGCGGCUGCUGGAGGAGCGGAAGAGGCUGCAGGCCGACUUGCAGCUCUGCCUGGAAGAAAUGCAGCUGCUCCAAGCCCAGUCUCCCUCUCUAAAAAUGAGCCUUGAGUCCUACAAGAAGAGUUACGGGAGCACGACCGCCAGCAGAGAGGACAAGAGCUGCGACAUUGAUGACAACGAGAGCUAUCACAAGAGCUACAGCAGCAGCAGCCAGGCCAGCGAAGAGAGCUUGCUCAAGAGCUAUGACAGCAGCAGCAGCAGCACCAGGGAGUCCUGGGGGAGGAGUUACCGCAGCAGCAGCAGCAGCAGCAGCAGCACUGCCUGUAAGAGGAGUUACGGCAGCAACAGCAGCUCUGACGUCUUUCACAAGAGUUAUGUCAGCAGCAGCGCUGACAAUGAACUUGCCGAGCCUGAAGAUGUGGAGUGCUUAGAGGUCACGGUUGCCAAGGUGUUGGUCAAGCUGCAGGGAGUGCAGGGCCUGUACCAGCUCAGCCAGGAGGAGCACAGCCUGCUGCAGGAGCGGAUGAAGAAGCUGCUGGACCAACAGAAAGAGCUGAAGGAAGAGCUGGAUGCCUGUGAGAGGGAAUUCAAGGAGUGCAUGGAAUGCUUCGAGAAGCCCGCUGCCUCCCAGAACGACAAGAACGAGAUCAGAGACCUGCAGGCCAAGCUGCGGGAGCUGCAGCUGCAGUACCAGGCUAGCAUGGACGAGCAGGGGCGGCUCCUGGCCGUGCAGGAGCAACUGGAGGGGCAGCUGCAGUGCUGCCAGGAAGAGCUUCGCCAACUCAAAGAGAAGAGGUCCUCUGCUGCCAAAGAAACCAAGGGAAAGAAUGGCAAUAAGAACACUAACAAGAACGCCAAUGGGGUUACACAUAAAAAGGUGGCCAAGCCAAACCUGGAGAAUUCUGAGGGCUGCUUUGAGGCUGGAAAGAGUCUGGAGGUGGUGCUCUACUACAAGGCCAGCCAGAUGGCCUUGGAUGAUUUAACAAAAGAGGGAAAGAAGGAGGAAAUGAAAGCGGAAAAGGAGGAGGAGAAGAAGGAGGCAUCCUGGGCUGACCUAGUUUCUGAGCCAUCAGACCCUAAAGAGGUCGAACCCCAGGAAGAUCAGGCGGAGGGGUUCGAGGAGGCCCGCAGCCAGGAGGGCAAGGAGGAAGCCGACCAAGAGGAGGACGAAGAUGAACCUGCGGAGGAAAACAACCCCCUCAAACUUUCUGAGAGCAAAAAGGCCUGGUGGUCAUAUCGGCUUUGCUCUGGUGCUGGUGGGCUGAGACGUCGUCCUAACACAGAACAUGUUUGGGAUGUGGAAGCCUAUGGUGUUCUUGGCUCUUGCAGCUGUGGCUCUGUAUGUGUUACCCAACAUGCGACCGCAGGAGACAGAGUUCUGCCUCAUGGAGUGAUGGCGGGCCUGGGCCAGCCGAGAGGGCAGAUCCCCAGUGGCCACUGCCCUCAGCUUUGGGCAGGACACACCGUGCCAGAGCCCCCGCCCCACCCAUAUGUUCCACGUGUCCCCAUCUCCUUAGCCUCAGCCACUCGGGCUGGAAAGGCUUAUGGGGAACUGCUGGCUCCCAUCUCCUGCCUCGUCUAAGGACCUAGGUUCCUUGUAAUUAAAUGUCAGCUGAAUGAAAUGA